UAUUAACAUUUUAUUUAGGAACAUAACAAUUUUGCCUGCAUACCUUACACAACGUAAACAACGCACUUUAUAAACAAGGUGCCCAAGUCCUGCACGUCAGCAUUAUCGCUGAGCAGACGAUCCAGAAGGUUCGCGGUUCCAGAUCAGCUGAUUCCCGUGUCUAGGAGAUUUAAUUUUCAGCAAAUUUAAGUGAUGUAACCUUGAGACUCGUCGGCAGCUCACUGUAGAGGCUAAGGACCGAACCCUGGGAUAGGAUAUAAAUAUAUCUCACUACUGGAGGGGACUAUCAGCUGAUUUCUGUCUUUACAAGCAGCAUGGCGGGAAUCAACUUCGACAACAGCUUAUCAGACGAAGAGAUGGAAGUCUGUGAAACGCUUGGAAUCAACAAUUUCCAAAUGCUAAGAACACUAUCCAACAGUUUUACCUAUCAAGAAACCAUGCCUGUGGAUUAUGCAACUUAUCUUCUGUCUACAAGCCCACCAGCUUCUAUGCUGGAGCAGAUAUUAUCGAGCCACUGUGACAAGUUACCUGUACACGACUCAAAUAGAAAUGUGUUUUCGUUCUCAGAAACAGCAGCUGAAGUCAAACUAAUGGAGAAUGAAACUGAAAAGAAACCACCCAAGUCAAUAAUUCAGCGCUGUAACAGCUACGAAGAAGAAGAUGUCGAAUCUUCUUCAGGAUGUUCAUCUGGACGCGAAUCACCCACCCCUCCUUCUCCAAAGGGGAAAAAAAGAGUUUCGUUUGCAGACAAUCGAGGGUUUGCUCUUGCAACUGUUAAAAUCAUGACAGAACCUUCAGAUGUACCUCCAAGACUAAAACCCGAAAUUCUGGAGUCCAUAACACAAGGGGCUACAGCUGGGGUCUGUUCAGGACCUCCUCUUGUCCUCGAUUUCAAACAACCAGCCUCGGACUACCUCUCCUUCAGAGACAAAUUGGAGAAAUAUUGUGUUUCGUUGGAAAAUGUCAUAAUUCGAGACUAUACAGUCCUUGGAACCGUUAAAGUUAAAAAUUUAUCUUUUGAAAAGAAAGUGUUUCUGAGAUGCACUUUUGAUUCUUGGGAGACACACAUGGAUGUGGAAUCUAACUAUGUGCCAUAUUCUGAUACUAACACUGUGUUCGAUACAUUUUCUUUCGAAUUUGAAGUGCCUACAAACUUCGACCGGCAGAAGAAGAUGGAAUUUGCCGUCUGCUUCGAAGCAGAUGGAAAGCAGUUUUGGGAUAACAAUGAAGGGAAAAAUUACAAAAUUUUCUCAGCAGAUGCCAAACCUUCUGAGGAGGAGGUCAAACCUUUGAAGCCAAUAGAUGAUAUCUCCAAACUUAGAAAUGUGGAGUGGACUCAGUUUGCUCCAUGGAACAAAGUGGACACGACGCUUCCGUAUUGGUAGUAGCAUCUACAGGUAACCCUCGUGAUUAUUCCCAUUGCUGUGGUGGUAAUAAUCCCACAAGUAUAAGAAGAACCAGGGACUGAUGUCCAAAGAAUUCUGAUGAAGUUCCUCUUUAACAGAGGUUUAGUCAGUUAUGUCAAUCUAGAAAACGGGGGUGUCAUCAUGGAAUGGACACCAAAUUCAUCCAUCAGACAUCAGUGACUGUUUAACCAAGGUUGUGCUGGCUGUGAUGUGAUAGAUGCCCAUGUCAGAGUGUAACGCUGGCAUGAGAUUGUACAUUAUUUGUACAAACGUAGAAAUCAUGUAUAUAUACAUUCAUUUGUAAAUAUGCGCAGAUAAGAUACAUUUUUGUAAUAUAUACUUCAUGUGUCAUUCGAGUGUUUUCUCAUCAGUUUGAAAUCAGGUUCAUUCAGUUGUUGAGGAAUGUCGUUAAUUACUUUAGUAAUAUAAUUACUGAAUACUGGUGUACAGUCUAAUUUUCUGUUUAUGUAUUGUUUAAGAUCUCUUAGUAUUGACUUCAAUAUGUGAUUAUUAGAAGAAGCUUGAUUGAUUUAAGUGGAUGGAAUGUAAAAACUGACACAAAUAUAUUGGUGCCACACAAGAAUAGAUGUAUCUACAAAUUUGAUAGUGAAGAAUGCUGAAGAAAGUCGUAUUGAAGUCAAUACAAUUUUAGAAAUAUCUUAUAAAUAUAAGUUAUUGCAGUGCAAUUUUCUUUUAAUUUGCUAUUCAUUGUAGCAUGUGCAUGUCAUUUUUAAAUCUUAUUAAUAUUUAUACUUGCAACUGUACAUAUGUAUUGUGUGUCUAUAUCUGCAGCACAGAGUGCUUCUUGUACAAAAUUUGAUGAAGGGAACAGGUACUCUUUAUCUGUGAACUAUAGGGCAUCUCCAUUAACCAUUCACACAGUCACACCAUGGGCAUUAUCAAGUAGUUUGAUGUUACCCACCCCGCAUAACAAUAAACACAAAGAAAGAUAACUCUUACAGUUGGAGGACUUGUAUAUUUUGUCAUAAUAUUGAUUUUUCUUUAAUCAACAAUGGGUGGAAAACAACCACCUGCAGGUUAUGUAGGUUAGUAAUAAUACUUUGUUGCUUUUAUUGUUUUGUUAUCGAUAUUAAUUUUUGUUGUUAGGCCAAAAUAAAAUAUACUCUUGUUUCCUGUCACCCGACCUACCCUAUAUUUUACCCUCCGACCCUAAAAGUUUUUAUUACAUUUUCGUUUUGGGGGGGUAUUUUCCUGAAAUACUGUAGUCGACCAACAAUAUUCAUAGAACUAAAUACAUCACAAGUGUACAGGAUACUUUUACCUUAUAAAU